AUGGGAAAAGCUCUGUCCAAGAAGGCAAGUAGCACACAGGUGGCUAAGCAUGAAGGCCAACAGGACUUGGACCCCAGCUUCAAAACUGAGAAACAGUUGGGAUUGAAGCCCAGGAAGAAGACCAAAGCCGUGAAACAGAAGCUCUCCUUUCAAACUUUUCCAGCCCAACCCACAAAGCAAGACCAAGAGACUUUUUACCCCACACAGUCAUUGACAAGGGAAAAUUUGUCCCAAAAUAUCACAGAACUACUACUCCGACAACAAGUUUACUCAAGAGGCUCAGAGAACUGGGUCUUGGAAAGUUGGCAUCAAUGUGAACCAGAAAAAGGACACAUGAUUGAGAUCCAAGGCUUAUUUGUGCCAAGCUCAGGUACCAAGAAGAAGCCUAGAGUAGUCAUUUUAGAGGGAGCUGCAGGUAUUGGGAAGUCAACACUGGCCAGGCAGGUUAGGAGAGCCUGGGAGGAAGGCCAGCUCUACAGGGAUCGCUUCCAAUAUGUCUUCUACUUCAGCUGCAGAGAGCUGGCCCAGUGUAAGCAGCUGAGUCUGGCUGAGCUCAUAGCACAAGGCCAGGCUGUGCCCACAGCUCCCAUCAGGCCGAUCCUGUCUCACCCUGAGAAGCUUCUCUUCAUCCUGGAUGGCAUAGAUGAGCCAGCAUGGGUCUUGGAGGAUCAGAAUCCUGAGCUCUGUCUGCACUGGAGCCAUCCUCAGCCUGUGCACACACUGCUGGGCAGUUUGCUAGGGAAAUCCAUCCUUCCUGAGGCUUCCUUCCUGCUCACAGCUCGAACCAUAGCUCUACAGCUCAUUCCUUCUUUGGGGCAGCCACGUUGGGUGCAAGUCCUGGGCUUCUCUGAGUCAGGACGAAAGAAAUAUUUCUACAAAUAUUUUGCAGAGGAAAGAGAUGCAAUCGCAGCUUUUCGUUUAGUUGAAUCAAGUCCAGUGCUCUCAACCCUGUGUCUGGUGCCCUGGGUGUCCUGGCUGGUCUGCACUUGCCUCUCACAGCAGAUGGAGCAGGGGGAAGUCCUCUCACUGACCUCACAGACCAUCACAGCCCUCUGCCUGAAGUACCUUUCCCAGACAACCUCAGGUCAGAACCUGGGGACCCAGCUCAGGGCUCUCUGCUCACUGGCUGCUAAGGGGGUAUACAGAAGAAGGAGUCUGUUCAGUGAAAUCGAUCUCUCCAUGAAUGGGUUACCAGAGGAUUCCAUUGACACUCUCCUGAAGAUCGGCAUCCUUCAGAAGCAACCUUGCUCUCUGAGCUACAGCUUUACCCACUUGUGUCUCCAGGAGUUCUUUGCAGCGAUGUCCUAUGUCUUGGGAAAUAAUGAUAAGAGACAUGGUGAUAUGGAAUACUGCAGAAUUGUGGAAACACUGGUAGAAGUGUAUGGCAGAGAUGCUCCAUGUGAGACACUCACUAUUCGUUUUAUAUUUGGUCUUUUAAAUAUACAGGGAAUGAGAGAAAUGGAAAAGUUAUUUUCCUGCAGGCUCCUUGGGAAUACAAAUAUGAUCUUGCUAUGGGACAUCCUAUGGAAAAUCUUACCCCAACAACCAAAUUAUCUGGAAUUGCUCCACUCUCUGUAUGAGAAUCAGGAAGAGGAACUACUGACAAGGGUGAUACACAGUCUUCAAGAAGCAAUAAUGCAUGGCCCAGAUGAUAUGGUGCACACAGUGUUCCAGACAAUCAUGAAGCACCUGAUAAUACAGACAGAUGUAGAUCUCAUGGUGGUCACUUUCUGCAUUAAAUUCUGCUAUUAUGUGAAGAGUCUUCACCUGAAUAGUAGUGGAUGUCAGGGACACAAUCUGAGAGUCCCCGGGUUGGUUCUGUCCAAAUGGACCCCAACCACUAAUGCCAGUUGGCAGGUUGUCUUCUCCACACUUGGGUUCACAGAAAGCCUGGAGGAGCUGGAUCUAAGUGGAAAUCCCCUGAGCUACUCUGCAGUGCAGAGUCUUUGUAAGACCCUGACGAGCCCUGGAUGCCACCUAAGGACAUUGUGGCUUGUCGACUGUGGCCUCACGUCCAGCUGCUGCCUGUCCCUGGCCUCGGUACUCAGUGCUGGAACCAGCCUGACUGAGCUGGACCUGCAACUGAAUGACCUGGGUGAUGAUGGCGUGAUGCUGCUGUGUGAGGGGCUCAGGAGUCCUGCCUGCAGCCUCAGCAUCUUGUGGCUGGACCAGGCCCCUCUCAGUGACCAGGUGACUGCAGAGCUCAGGGCUCUGGAAGCAGAGAAGUUGCAGCUGCUCAUCUCCAGCACCUGGAAACCACGUGUGGUAGACUCCACUAAGAACACAGAUGGAGAAGAAAUGGUUGAUGGCCCAACUUCAUUCAAGCAACAGAAACUACAGCCAGGAGCAUCUCACAUGGAACGUCUGGGGACUGAAAAUGACUUCUGGGGUUCUACAGGACCUGUGGCUACUGAGGUGGUUGACAGUGAGAGGAAUCUGUACCGAGUUCAAUUUCCUGGUGCUGGUUCCUACUACAGCCAAAACACAGGACUCCACUUUGUGGUGACAAGAACAGUGACAAUCGAGUUUGAAUUCUGUGCAUGGAGGAAAUUCCUGGACAGGACUCCCUUGCCACACAGUUACAUGGUGGCUGGGCCUCUGUUUAACAUCAAGGCUGAGCAGGGAGCUGUGGCUGCUGUGCACCUCCCACAUUUUGUGUCUCUACAAGAGGGACAGGUGGACAUCUCCUUGUUCCAUGUUGCCCACUUUCAAGAACAUGGGAUGUUUCUAGAAACACCAGAGAAGGUGGAAGAAUGUUACGCAGUGUUGGGAAACCCAAGCUUCUCCCCAGUGGGAGUUCUACUGAGAAUGAUUCCUGCUGUCCGGAAUCUCAUCCCCAUCACUUCCACCACACUGAUCUACUAUCACUUCAAUUUUGAGGACGUCACCUUUCACCUUUACCUGGUUCCCAAUGACUGCACUAUUCGGAAGGCUAUUGAUGAUGAAGAAACGAAGUUCCAGUUUGUGCGAAUAAACAAGCCACCGCCAGUAGAGUCUCUUUAUCUUGGUUCCCGCUACAUCGUGUCUGGCUCCAAGAAGCUGGAAAUUAUCCCAAUGGAACUGGAGCUGUGCUACCGGAGCCCUGGGGAAUCCCAGCUCUUCUCUGAGAUCUAUGUUGGCCACCUGAGUUCAGGGAUUAAGCUGCAAAUCAGAGACAAGAAACAUAGGAAACUCAUAUGGGAGGCCUUGCUGAAACCAGGUAAAAUUAGUUUAGUUCUCCCCAGGUUGCCACUCUCAUUGUCACCCCUAGAUGCUGCUGCACACUUUGUGGACCAGCACCGGGAGCAGCUGGUGGCCCGAGUGACAUCAGUGGAUGCUGUCUUGGACAAGCUGCAUGGUCUGGUGCUGAGGGAGGAGGAAUAUGAGGCAGUGCGAGCUGAGGCCACCAACCCAGACAAGAUGCGGACGCUCUUCAGUUUCAGCCGGUCCUGGAGCUGCGACUGCAAAGACAAACUCUUCAAAGCUCUGAAGGAAAUCCAUCCUCACCUGAUCAUGGAACUCUCUGAGAAGUCAGGAGAAGUAUCUGUGGGAUCCUGACAUCUUAGUGGCUGAGGUGGGAGCACUCUCCUUUGAGUCUUGGUUCUGUCAGACCUUCAUUUGGUCCUGUUUCUCCAUCUAUGACCAGUGGUCAUCUUAGUUGCCUUUCUAAUGGCACUGUUUCCAGAACACCUCUCCAGGGGACUAUGUGGUUUGAAUGAAUGUAGUCCCCAUAGGCUCAUAUGGACUGGCACUAUUUGGAGGUGUGACCUUGCUCUAGAAAAUGUGUCACGACAGGUGAGUGGGCUUUGCGGUUUUCAGAAUCUCAACCUAGGCCCAGUGGCUCACUCUUCCUGCUCCCUGAGGAUCCAAAUGUAGAACUCUCAUCCCCUUGCAAGCACCAUGUCUGCCUGCCACCAUGUUCCUGCCAUGAAAUUGGACUAAGUCUCUAAACUUUCAGCUGGAUCCAAUUAAAUGUUUUCCUUUGUUAGAGUUGCCAUGGUCAUGGUGUCUCUUCACAGCAAUAGAAACCCUAAGGCAGAGAGACCUAGAUGUCCCCUCUUUGCCUUCUCCAGCCAGAUGUUCACAUGGGAUGAGUAUCUCUGAAAACUUAUAGUGUAGCCAGCAACUCUCU